AGUCGCCGCCGCAGACCAGGCCGCUGAGGCCCGGGAGUCCCCGCCAUGGAGGCCAACUGGACCGCGUUCCUCUUCCAGGCACAUGAAGCCUCACAUCACCAACAGCAGGCAGCACAGAACAGUUUGCUGCCCCUCCUGAGCUCCGCUGUUGAGCCACCUGAUCAGAAGCCGAUUCUACCCUUACCAAUAACCCAGAAACCUCAGCCUACACCAGAAACAUUAAAGGAUGCUAUUGUUGGGAUUAAAAAGGAAAAACCUAAAACCUCCUUUGUAUGCACCUACUGCAGCAAAGCUUUCAGGGACAGCUACCAUUUGAGGCGCCAUGAGUCCUGCCACACAGGGAUAAAGUUAGUGUCACGGCCAAAGAAAACUCCCACCACAAUGGUGCCCCUAAUCUCAACUAUUGCUGGCGACAACAGCCGAACUUCAUUGGUUUCAACUAUCGCAGGCAUCCUGUCAACGGUCACUACAUCUUCCUCUGCCACCAACCCCAGCAGUAGUGCUGGUGCAACAGCCAUGGCUGUGACUCAGACGGUGAAGAAGCCCAGCAAGCCUGUUAAGAAGAACCAUGCUUGUGAGAUGUGUGGAAAAGCCUUCCGGGAUGUGUACCACCUCAACCGGCAUAAGCUAUCCCACUCAGAUGAAAAACCUUUUGAAUGUCCAAUUUGUAAUCAGCGCUUCAAGAGGAAGGACCGCAUGACCUAUCACGUGAGGUCUCAUGAAGGUGGCAUCACCAAACCAUACACCUGUGGUGUUUGUGGAAAAGGCUUCUCGAGGCCUGAUCACUUAAGCUGUCAUGUCAAACACGUUCACUCGACAGAGAGACCCUUCAAAUGCCAAACAUGCACUGCUGCCUUUGCCACCAAAGACAGACUGCGGACACACAUGGUGCGCCAUGAAGGAAAGGUAUCGUGUAAUAUCUGUGGUAAACUUCUGAGUGCAGCGUAUAUCACCAGCCACUUAAAGACACAUGGGCAGAGCCAAAGUAUCAACUGUAAUACCUGUAAACAAGGCAUCAGUAAAACAUGCAUGAGUGAGGAGACCAGCAACCAGAAGCAGCAGCAGCAGCAGCAACAACAACAACAACAACAUGUAACAAACUGGCCUGGAAAGCAGGUAGAGACACUGAGAUUAUGGGAAGAAGCGGUCAAAGCAAGGAAGAAAGAAUGUCAAUUCACCUUUGAGAAGGCUAUAGAGUACGUACCAUUCGAAGCUGCUAACUUGUGCCAAACCUCCACUGCUGCUACUACGCCUGUGACUCUUACUACUCCAUUCAAUAUAACGUCCUCUGUGGCUUCUGGGACGAUCACAAACCCAGUCACAGUGGCAGCUGCAAUGAGCAUGAGAAGUCCAGUAAAUGUAUCAAGUGCAGUUAAUAUAUCCAGUCCGAUGAACCUAGGGCAUCCUGUAACUAUAACAAGUCCAUUAUCCAUGACAUCUCCAUUAACACUCACAACACCGGUCAAUUUACCUACCCCCGUAACUGCUCCAGUGAAUAUAGCGCAUCCAGUCACUAUAACAUCUCCUAUGAAUCUCCAAACACCAAUGACGUUAGCAGGUCCAUUAAAUAUAGCAAUGAGACCGGUAGAGAGCAUGCCUUUCCUGCCUCAAGCCUUGCCCACGUCUCCUCCUUGGUAAAGAAUCUGUAAACAGUAUUAAAGGGGAUUAAAACUGAAUCCUUACCAGCAGGUUUUUUAGUUGUUAAUAAUAAUAAUAAUAAUUAAUAAUAAUAAUGUUAAUAAUGUAAUAAUAAAGUCAAACUAAAUAACUGGCUUAAUGUGCACCAGUUAAAGACCCUAAUAGCAUCUUUCCCUGUUGAUUUGGCUCAUCGUGUUCAAACUAGAGUUUGUAAUUUAUCACUUUGUUUUAAGCAAGUUUUACCGUUAGCUGACGAUGAUGAUGUUGAAAUAGGACAGAUGGUUACUUGCCACAGUUUAAAAAGCAGUCAUUAAAAAUCAGCAUUACUGUUUUAUCCCAGAAAUUAUAAACUAGGAAAUUAUUUUAAUCCAAACACUAGCAAAGACCCCUUCAUAUGCUUGACAGGGUGGAUGGCUAAUUUUAACUUGCCAGUUCUAAAUCCACUGAUUCAGAGCUAGUGUAGUAUCUUUGUCUGUGUUAAUGUUUUUUUAUGAGUAAAUGCAUUACAAUGUUGUCAUUUUUUAAUGCAUUUUGAAGAAAAUAUGCAUUUUACCUUUGGGAAUAUGGUAAUUUCAGGCAGCAUUCCCUAUGGGAAAGGUGAUACCAGCUCUGAUAUGCAAAGCAUAUGAUAACUUAUCAUUCUAACUUCAACAUAUAAUAGGGAUUGUGACCUGAUAUUUUGAGAUGUAAAUAUUACCCAAAAUAUUACCCUAAGGAAAUGUAGCAUUGUAGUCAACUUUUUUUUUUUUUUUUUAAACUGUUAAUGUUUGGUAAGAAACAGCCAUGGCUGACAGAAGAGGAGUUGAAAUGUGUGUAAACAUGGUCUCUAAACAGUCAAAACCCUUGGGACUCUUAUCUAGGAGCAAAAGGAUGCUUUGAAUCUUAUAAAAUAUUGCUUUAAGCUGGACGACUCUGGAAGCGCUGGGGUGUGAUGUAUAUGCCCUCUCUCUCCCAAUCAGAACCUGUUGAUGUUGCAGCAGGGGACAGACGUGUUAGUUGUUCACUAGAAGUUUUUGUCUUAUAUUAAAUUGUAUACAGUUUUUAUUCUAACCACUAACUAGGUAGGAUGACCCUUCAGGACAAGCCAAGAGCGUCUUUAAUUUCUCCCGUAUUUCUUAAUCAAGUGUUGUGCAGAUCUGUUCAACUUUGUAAAUAUUUUCAAACAUCAUCAUUUUUACUUUAUUCUUCUAUUGUGUUAACACAUUUCUAUCAAUUUGUGGUGUUUGUGGCAUGACAGUCUGAGCUGUCCAGCCCAGAAGUACUCCACAAAUGGUUACACAUGUUGAAACUACAUGUGCUUUUUAUUUCUUAGACUGUUUAUCUGUACAUAAAGUAGAAAGCAAAAUAUAGGGAAACAGAUAUACUUUUUAGACUAUCAUGUCACAUAUUCACAUUUUUAAAACUUUGUUUAAAAAAGACACCCUAAAACCAAGACUCUACAUUUAUAAAAAAAAAAAAAAGGUAAAGAGUUGAGCUGUUUUUAUCUUAAUGAAGUUGAAAGCAAUGGAGAUUAGUGUGUACACAUCUUACAGAAUCCUAGCAGGAUUGACUAGUCAAAAUGGACUGCUUCCGUUGAUACCCUGACAUGUCAGUACAAGCAGCAAAUACCAGAUUUCUAGGUCAGGUGACAGGUAUCUGUUUCAUUAUGCGAAAUCGUUCUAGGGGCUUGGACUACAUAGUAAAACAAAAAAAUAGAACUUAGUGUAAAAUAAUUUUAUAAAUGAUCUUUUGUACUUUAGGACAUCAAAUUGUACAACUUUUGUAUAUAUAAAAGCUUAGGAACUUUCUGUUUAGCAGAAAGGAAACACAUUCCUACACUUUUAAUGUAUAUGUUUGUUAUAAUGUCCAUGUAAACAUAUGCCCUAUGUUUGUGCCUUUUAAUUAGUUUGUCUCAAUAAACAAAAAUGUAGAGAAGAAUAUGUAGCUAUGACUUUGUUACCACUGUUUUUACUCCAACAGUACAAAGAUCUUUGUUUUCCACAGUAGAGCAUUGCAUGCAGACAGCUACAUGAGUUAAACUGAUGUGGCCAAAGUGAGGCAUGUAAUCAAAUGCAGCCCAGCAAAAUCUGUCACUGUCUCUCCUUAGCAGCCCAAUCGUGAUCAAGCAUUGCAUGCUGGGAUAUGUAGUCUCCAAGCCCUACACCUCUGUAUUACAGAUGAAAGUGAUAUCAACUUGCACCAUUUUUACAAACUAGGUACAGCCUUCUAGCACCUGGCAAGCUGCUACUGUGACUCUCAGUUGGGUGAAGUUUGGGUGUCCCUGAGCUUAAAAAAAAUAAAAGCAUUAAACAAUAUGGAAAUGUGUACUAGAAAUGGUUAUGAAUUAAUUAUAUAAUAAACAACUGUGAGACUUC